AUGGACUCUACGUCUCCUCUCAAGGAAGACGCCGACGACAAGUGCUCUGUGCAGCUGCAGGGUCACUCCAAGAAGGUGAUGUUAGCGCGAUGGAAUCCUGUAGCAGACGGCAUCGUCCUCUCCUCCUCCUUCGACAACACCGUCCGGAUAUGGGACGCAAACAAGGCUGCAGAAUUUCGAUCGAUCGAGCUCCCAGACAGUCCGCAGCACAUCGCAUGGAAUUACGAUGGCAGUCUGUUCGCGUCCACGUGCUCGAUCGCGCAGAAGGUCGCCAGCCAAGGAGGGUCCAAGGGAGCGCACGCGUGCUUUCUCGGAGAGACGAGCAUGCUGGCGACCGUUGGCUUCUCUGCUCAGAGCGACCGGCAGAUCAUCCUAAGAGACUCUCGGGACAUCACCAAGCCCCUUGUGCUUCACUCUAUCGACCAUGACUUUGGGAUGCUCUUUCCCUUCUUCGAUCCGGACACCAACAUCCUUUACCUGGCUGGCAAGGGCGACUGCAACAUCCGUUACUACGAGAUCGUGUCCACGGACCCCUACAUUCACUUCCUGGACGACUGCGACAAGUAUGUGGAGCCAGUGUCCUUCACCGUUCCUCGCCGGGCAGAUCAAUCGAAUGACGAUCUAUAUCCUCCUACUUACGCUGGAAAAUCUUGUCUGUCUGGCCCUGAGGUGAAGGCUGAACACACUGGUACAGCAAAGGGCAAUGAGUGUCUGAAAGAAACUGCAGGCGGCAAAGGAAACGAAGCCGGCUGCGACUUUGGAACCAGCACCAGCGGCUGCCGUCACGGAGCAGAAGAGUGCGAAGAGCAGCAGCCGUCAAAGGCAGCCGCUGAGAAAGCAGACAGUGAGAGCAGAGCAGAACCGCCCGCAGUUGAACAUCAGCCUGAAACCAAGACUGUUGAGAAGUCCGACGCAUACCCCUUGCCUGAAGAAACGAGCUUCCAAGUCUUCCAGACUGUGGGUGGGGUUGAGCUCAAAGGUACACUUACUGUGACUGUCAACACGAAUGAUCGCAUGAAGGAGAUGGAAAAGCGAAUUAAGGAAUUGGAAUCGGAAAAUGCUGAGCUUCGAGCAAAACUCAACGCCAAGUAA